AUGGCGUCGUGGCGACAGGUCGGCGUCGGCGGCUCUCGACAAACGACGACGGCGGCAACGAUAGAUGGCGGUAGGGACGGCGUUGCGAGCGAGGAUCGUAGAGCACAGCCUCGCGGCAACGCGAAACGAGAGCACGGCGUCGCGGCGAGAACGCCGAGGAACACAGAGGCGAGGCGAGCGAGGAAAACCUCGCCUCGCCUCUGUGUUCCCCGCGACGCCGUGCUCUGCUCUGUGUCGCCUGCUUUGAAGAAGCGGCUCAUCAUCUCCACUGCACUCAUGGCUAUUGGCAUUGCCAUUGUUACUUGGGUGGCCCUCCCAUCAUCUUUCACUAUUUUCAACUUUGGUGAGCAAAAACAGGUUAAGAACUGGCAGUUGUUUUUCUGUGUGGCAAUUGGGUUAUGGACUGGCUUGGUGAUUGGAUUUGUCACUGAAUACUACACAAGCAACGCCUAUAGUCCGGUUCAAGAUGUUGCUGAUUCAUGUCGAACUGGAGCUGCCACCAAUGUUAUCUUUCGGCUUGCUCUCGGAUACAAAUCUAUCAUCAUUCCCAUUUUCGCAAUCGGCUUCAGUCUUGCUGCCAUGUAUGCUAUGGCUGUUGCUGCAUUAGGCAUGUUGAGCACUAUUGCUACUGGCCUAGCAAUUGAUGCUUAUGGACCCAUCAGUGAAAGUGCUGGAGGUAAUGUCGAGAUGGCUGGAAUGAGUCACAGAAUUCGGGAGAGGACUGAGAAUAAUAUCUACCAUUCCAUUAUCAGAUUCUCAAGAUUUGCUGAAGCAGAGCUUAAGCUUUUCCACUCACAACAUCGAUGACUGUCCACACUUGAU